UGUCACUGAAAGGCAUUAGGAAUGCGAUGGUAAGCAUAGGCAUGCUAGGAGGUUAGAGAUAACCAUGAAAUGUAUUGGAAGUUUUUUGUGUCGCGAUCGAGGGGACAUAUUUCCAACAACAUUUGUUUGUCCUUUUCAGGACACCAUAUCGUUUCCAGACCUCUUGUGCAAAUCCAGAAUCAGAAAUGCGAAGACUCAGAUAACUUGGCCUGUGAACAUGAAUUAGGCUCCAUCAGGAACAACAUCAGCACAAGUUCCUGAUUGGAAGAAUGUAGAUCAGUUACACCGUAAUGCUAGUGGAAGAAAACGGGAAUAAAAAUGGCGGCUAAAGCAGACCAACCUUCUUCCGAUAAAGGUAAUCCAGUGACUCUCAUAGUAGGACCAGCCAGUGGAUCCCAGACACCAUCUGUGAGAUUAGCUUCAAGUGUUGGAUCUGUGAAAGGUUCACCUGCACUUCAAUCUGGCCAAACGCCACCUGGUACUGUCAUCAUUGGCCUCCAAAAGACAAACGCAUCAGCUUCAGGGAGGAAAAAGGCAGGGGGAUCGACCAAACCUGUCACCAAACAGGACCCUCCUACAUGCAUAUCCAGGAACACACUACCAAGUAAAUACAAAGUGACACCACCACAGAGAAUGUCGACAAGGAGCCUAAAGGAACUCCCGGAGAAGGAACCUUCAAAAUCGCAGAAUCCUGACAGUGCAAAGACUUCUAGAAAGGGAAAAGCUUCAACUGACUCUAAAAAAGGGGAAAAGUCCGGAUCAAACUCAAAGACAAUAUCUUCAAGGAAGAGCACCUCACCCAAAAAAGCUGCCUCACCCAAAAAAGCUGCGGAUACCAAUCAAGUAAUUACAAAAGUGACAGCUCGCUCCCGCACCAGUAAAUCUAAAAUAAAAGUGGAAAGUGGUUCCAGUACCUUUGACAUCACAGUGAAGUGCACCCCCUCUGAAAGCUUACUUAGACAAACAGCCCCCAAUCACAAUGACCACAGCUACGUCUACAGCCCCGAGGAAGUGCAUGGGUUGAAGACGAGGGCGCUCAAGGAUGCAAAACUGGUCGAGAAAUUACUUCGAGAUCGAAGGAUGCUUAGGAUGAGGGCCUUCCGAGCAAACAAAAAGCUUGAGAGACUCAUGAGAGCUAUCGAACUAGAACAAAAGAUGCAUAAGGAGACUCGACAAACACUCAGAGCUAUUACCCAAGGUCUGCAGUUACAAUUUAAGACAGAAUAGAGUUAUUCACAAAGGUUAUUGUAUUAUUGCUGCAAUGUUCUGGUUGUUUCCAUUCCAAAACGGUGUUGUAUGCAAUAAAAACCAGGGGGAUCAUUUUGGUCAACCUUUCAGAAAUCCUCCCAUGAAAGGAUAUCAUUAAUUCUACGAUAUGAGUGCCAGGAUACAUCAUUUUCUUCACAAUCAUCACCCUCUAUUUUCUUUUAAAAUUAAGGAAAAAGAAAUGUAACUGGUAAAAGUGUAAAAACAAGAUUUUGCCAUCAUCAAUGAUUAAUAUCUCACAGAUUAAAAUAGAAUAUUUCUGCUCCAAAAUGAAGAAGAAAAAAAAUUGCUUACCGGUAACCAAAACUUGAAAACCAUGACUUAAAAAAAAAAGCUGGUGGUCUGUUUUAGGACAGAUAAUCUUUUGAAUACAGCACAAACAAUACAUUGCACUGGCAUCAGACUGUAUGUAAGAUUCCUGCAGCUGCUUGCACAAACCUUGCAAGCAGCUCGGAUACACCUGAGGAUGCCUAUGCCUGAGCUGACAGAUCUACAAAGUUGGGAUUCCAAUUCUCAGUGGCUUGAAAUGAGGUUCAGCUUGGUUUGGAGACAUUUCAGAACUGUUACCUUAUUAAGCUCCUUGUGGAUCGUUACAAGACAUCAGAUAUAUUGAGUAAAGACUUUGUAAAUGUGAAAAAGGAUACUUACAUUGAAGUGUUAAUUUCAUAUGACAUUGGCUGAAAUCCUUGAAUGAUGUCUGUUCUUCCACUCCUAUAUCUUCACAGGUUAGAAUGCUUAACAUCUUGAUGAAAUGAACGGAAUGGAAUUCUUUUGACAGAAUUUUACUUGUGUCAAGGAUAAAUGAAAAAUUGAUAAUGUAUGAGGUACAUGUACUUCAAUUUUUUUGCUAAGUCCUCAGUAUUAUAAGAAUUGAUUUGUUCUGAAUUCACAUUUUAUGGUCUUGAUUUUUCAAAUGUAAAAUCAGUUCAAAUUGCUGAAGUAUUAAUCAAAGCAUCAUAAUCAAUUUCUGAGCACUUGGUGUGAUCCAGGACUGUUCCUUUGAUUUUCAUCAUUGUACUAGUCUAUACCAAACACUGCUAUUAUUAUUUGUUUGUUUGUGCUUGGUUUUGUAACAUAUUUCAUCAAUCCCAUGAAUUAUUUCCUCAAAAUAAAUUGUACAUUUUAUUUAUAUACAAGGACUGCAUUUGUAAUGUAUUUAAAUGUACAUGUACAUUAUGUAUUUGUACAUACAUUUUUAUGAUGGUGUCUAAAUGUGUGUAAAUGUAAGUCCACAUUGUAUAUACAUUUCAUUUCAAAUUAAAUUAUUUUCAUUUUAUCCCUUUGUAAAAAAAAAAAAUAUUCAACUAGUAGAACCGAUUGGGUUCUCUAUAUUUUGGUGAGGCCAAGGUAUACUAUUUGCGUCUCAUAGUCAUACAUCUCCAUGUACCAUGGAAUAUAAUAAAUACAAUCAAAAUAAUUACUAUCCUUGAUACUUCCUCUGAUCCAAACCCGGGUAGGGCUAUCAAAUUGAUGUAAUCGUCAGAAAUCCUAAAAUCUUUGACAUAGUUAGAUAACAUAUUGGACAAGAUGCCUAGGAUGGUAGGACUGUUCAUUUUACUUCAUAUUAUUUUAAAAAUGAAUGUUAGCUCUUACAAUAGUUGGGCAACUCCAAUAUGUUUGGUCAUGUGGUGUCCCAGACAUUACCAAGUGCAUGUAUCAUGGCAUUAUGAAUACAAUCUGAAAUCACAUUUUUCAUUUCACUCUCAUAUUUGGUCUUGUUCUAGCUCUAAUAAGGCUGUCAGCUUCAUAUAGUUAUCAGAUAUUCUAUAAUCUUAUAUGUAGUCGUUAUUGCAUGGGACAAAAUAGCUUCGACUUAACCAAUUACGUCAGCUAGAGCAAGUGCAGUUACAAGAUGUGUGAAUCUGUGAAUCUGUGUUGAAGUAGAUACAGGGUCUGUUACUUGAAAGUACGAUUGGAUUCUUUUAAUUUAAUGGUGGAAAGCAAGUUCUUAAAAAAAAUCACAAAUCAAAUUUACACAUAAUGUUCAAGUCUUCAUUUUCCAAGCUUUGUUAGUAAAAAAAUGUGUAAUGGCUAUUAAGUAACAAGGAAAAAAAGAGAAAGAAUCUUAGCUAGUAAUUCAACCCAUGUCA